UCACGAGGGGCAUCGCGAGUUCUUUAGCUUUAAAAAUGUUUUUAAUUAUAUUUGUGUUAGUUUUAUCAGUGGCUUUAUACUUCUAUGGUACAAGAACUUUCAAUUAUUGGAAACAAAGAGGCAUUAAACAUGACAAACCCUUACCUUUUCUUGGGAACAACCUUAUGCAGUUUUGUCAAAGAGCGAGCCUAGCUAUGAUAGCUACAGAAACUUAUAAGAAAUAUCCCAAUGAAAAAGUCGUUGGAUUCUAUAGAGGGAUUACCCCUGAACUUCUUAUAAGAGAUCCAGAAAUUGCAAAAAGGAUUUUAGUUACUGACUUCCAACACUUUUACGCAAGAGGAUUCAAUCCCCACAAAACUGUCAUCGAACCAUUGCUAAAGAACUUGUUUUUCGCCGAUGGUGAUCUCUGGCGUUUGAUUAGGCAACGAUUUACACCUGCAUUUAGUACCGGAAAGUUGAAGGCAAUGUUCCCCUUGAUUACAAAAAGGGCAGAGAAGCUUCAAAUUAUUACAGAAGACAUCAUCAAUAGAGAUCACUAUGAUGCUCGUGAGCUGAUGGCCCGAUACACAACUGACUUUAUCGGAGAAUGCGGAUUCGGAAUUAAUAUGGAUUCGUUGAAUGAUGAAAAUUCUCAAUUCAGGAAACUAGGGAAGAGAAUAUUUGAAAGACAGCCUAGGGAUGUCUUUGUUGCUGCCCUAAAACUGAUAUUUCCUGAACUAUUUAAGCACUGGUACUUUUUAGCACCAGAACUAGAAAAGACAAUGGUAACUCUAAUGCAAACAGUUAUGAAAGAAAGGAAUUUCAAGCCUUCUGGUCGAAAUGAUUUUAUCGAUCUUAUAAUAUAUAUAGAAAAGGGAGCUAUGGUAGGGGAGUCAAUUGAAAAGAAAGAUGCUGAUGGUAAACCAGAAAUAGUUUCAAUGGAAUUGACUGAUUUAUUGAUGACAGCGCAAGCGUUUGUAUUUUUUGGUGCUGGUUUUGAAACAUCUUCAACUGCUUCAAGUUAUACUCUACAUCAGCUAGCAUUUAAUCCGGAUUGCCAAGAAAAAGUCCAAGCAGAAAUCGAUAGUGUUUUGGAGAAAUACAAUAAUAUAAUAACUUACGAUGCAGUGAAAGAAAUGACUUACCUAGAGAUGUGUUUCUAUGAAGCGAUGAGAAUGUAUCCAUCCGUAGCAUAUUUAGCUCGUAAAUGUACAUCAAAAGUAUACACGAUUCCUGAAAUAAAUGUAACCAUAAAUGAAGAUGUAAGAGUAAUGGUACCUAUACAGGCGAUACAAAUGGAUGAAAAGUAUUUCCGUGAACCAAACAAGUUUGACCCUGAGCGGUUCAGUUUUGGUGCCAAAGAGGAUAUUAAAAACUUUGUGUUUUUGCCAUUUGGAGAGGGGCCUAGAGCUUGUGUGGGUGCCAGACUAGGUCAAAUGCAAUCAAUGGCUGGAAUCGCCGCAGUCUUGCACAAAUUCACCGUGGAACCCGCUGCUUGCAGUGUACGGAACCCCAUACCCGAUCCUUCUGGAACAGUUUCCGAGGGUUUCGUUGGAGGACUCCCCCUUAAGUUCAAAAGACGAGUAAAGUAAAAAAGUCUGUUAUUGUGACUGCACAAUCUACUUUUUUACUUUACUCAUUUACAUAAUUAUUUUAAAUACUGAUUUAUUUAUAUAAGUUAAAUAUGUAAGAUUGAUGACGGUUGGAGUACAGAAAGUUAUUGCAGUUUUAAAUCAACAUUUGUACAGACCAUAGCAUAUCUGACUAUACAUUUUUGUUAAAAAAAGCCACAGUCUUGAGCUUGAUGUGCUUUCGUUUGUAUUUACUUUCAAAUGAGACUUAUUGUACCGUAAUAAUGCUAUUAUAUUUUGUUGUGUUAUUAUGUAGUACUUACCUAGUCAGGCUUUAAAACA